ACAUCGGACGUAUGCGAGAGCGGAACAAGGCAACCGACAUCAACAAACUCUGCGCUUCGGUCCCGGAUGACUUGGCGAAAAACAUUCGGGAAUAUCCUGAGAUUUUCCCGAACGACUUGCCAAGAGGAUUGCCACCCAAACGACCCCAGGACCACAAAAUCGAGCUGGAGCCCGACGCGCAACCUACUGUACGCACGCAAUGGCGUCUGACUCAGCCGGAGCUACAGGAGUUACGGAACCAGCUGGACAACCUGCUGGCGAAAGGGUUCAUUCGGCCCAGCACGUCACCGUUCGCAGAACCGAUCCUGUUCACACCAAAAAAGGACGGCGGACUUCGCAUGUGUACGGACUAUCGUGCCCUUAAUCGGGUAACGAUAAAAUCGCGCUACCCAAUCCCACGAACGGACGAACUCAUCGACAACCUUCGCGGAGCUCGCUAAUUUUGAAGAUCGACCUUCGUGGC